AAAAAAAUAUAUUUAGCUUUAGAAAGAGAUGGCUUUGAUGGACAACCAUUAUUUCUCUGUAAUGUGGCAACAUCUGAUGAGAAGGUCAUUGGUUAUACUAUCUUUUAUUAUACCUAUUCUACAUGGGUCGGGAAAGCUAUGUAUCUAGAGGAUAUUUAUGUGACACCGGAGUUUCGAGGGAAACAUGUCGGCCUCAAGCUUCUGAAAUCUGUCGCAAAAGAAGCAGUCGAGAAUAAUUGUAAAAGGUUGAAUUUCGUGGUUCUCAAAUGGAACCCAGCACAGGAGUUUUACAAAGUACUUGGAGCUAGCGAUUUGACAUCUGAAGAACAGUGGCAUUUUUAUAAUUUCUCCGACACAAAUUUGAAAAAAUUAGCAUCUGAUUCUGAAUAAUACAAAAAUCAAAAUAUCCUGAUUAUAUAAUAUAUUGAUAAUAAUAAAUUAUCUCAUAAAUAUGAAUAAAUGUCUCUAAUGUGUAUUCCAAAUAUGUAAACUUUAAAUAAUUUGUUAUAAUUUUAAUAACAAAUUUUGUGUACAUAAUUUGCAAGAUAUUUAAUGGAUGGAUAUUAUUAAAAUUCACGUAUAUAUUCUUGAAA